AUGGAUUCAGCAUGGCUGGAAUCUCUUACAAGUGCGCCCAACAACACAGGAGAACUGAGAACUGUAGCCGGGAUUGCUCUGCCAGCUUCCUUGCUUGUACUUAUCCUCCUACUGUCUGUAUUUGGCAAUGCUGCCGUGAUUAUUGUGAUGCUGAAGACCCCUCACUUGAGAGAGAAAACGACUAAUAUUCUUCUGAUCAACUUGAGUAUGACAGAUCUGCUGAAUGCCACACUGGUGAUGCCCGGUGCGUUGGUAUCUCUGAUUGCAGAUAGGUGGCUCUUGGGGAUGUAUUGGUGCUACACCCAAUGCGCCCUCAAUUACUGGUUCAUCAUUGUGUCCAUGUUAACUCUUGCCAUGAUCAGCAUUGAUGGGUUUUAUGCUGUUAUACACCCGUUGCAUUAUAUGAACAUAAUCACGCCAAAAGUGACUAGACUUGGCAUCUGCUAUGCGUGGUUCCAAGGGUGUGUGUUCGCCUUGAUACCUGCUCUCUACCGCUGGGUCGUCUACGAUUAUUGGGAAGUGGUUUGUGCCAUCGAUUGGGACAACGAACACCACGAUGAGGUGAUUGCGUACGUCAGCGUGGCGUUUAUCACCUGCUUCCUCAUUCCGACUGGUGUCAUAGUUUUCUGUUACCUGAAGAUUGCCUGCGCUGUGAGGAGCAGCUCAGGGCCCCAAAUCCCUCGAGGGGGGCGCCGCCAGCGGCAGGAUGUUAGGGUCAUUCACAGCCUGACCGUCGUGGUAGUGGUGUACUUCAUCUGCAUGAGUCCUUUCUGCGUUACCAAAGUCUUGAAAAUUUGCCUCGGAUCGAGCGCGCUGCCUCCCUAUCUCAACCUGACUGCGUCAUGGUUUGCGUUCGUGGCCAGCGGUACCAACCCCUUCAUCUACGGAAUCUUCCGUCACGACUUCCGCCAAGCCUUUAGAAAUUUGAUCUGCAGAAGGGAACGGAUUUUUCCGUCCCCUCCCCGACGCCCCAACAACCAAGGGACGGGUCAAAGCCAGCUCACUGGCAGAGAAGAAGGAACUAUGCCAAUGUAG